CAUUGAAUGAAGGAUCUCUCACACACAGACACACAGAACCUUAAAAAAUGGAAGAAACAAUAGUAAUGUUUCCAGCAGCAGGCAUAGGGCACAUCGUAGGCAUGGUUGAACUUGCCAAGCUCAUCCAACUUCCCCGUUUCUCCAUCACCGUCCUCCUCACCACCGGCUUCUACGACCACCCCUCCAUCGACGACUACAUCCGCCGAAUCUCCGCUCUCCACUCCUCCAUCUCCUUCCUCCGCCUCCCUCCCACCACCCCCGCCACCUUUACAACCGCUGUUAGCUUCGGCGCCAAAGGCUUCAGCUUCCUCAAAAGAAACGCCCCCCACGUAGCCACCACCCUCACUCAAAUCUCCAAAACCGCCAUCGUUAAAGCCUUUGUAAUCGACCUCUUCUGCGCCUCCACCAUGGAAUCAGCCUCUUCAAUGGGAAUCCCAGUGUACUUCUUCUUCACUUCCGGCGCCGCCAUUCUCGCUCUAUAUUCCUACUUUCCGAAACUCCACCAAGAGUGCAGCGUGUCGUUUAAGGAUAUGGUCGGGGUCGAACUGCGAGUGCCGGGAAACGCGCCGUUGAAGGCGGUGGAACUGCCGCAACCCAUCUUGGACAGGGACGACCUUGCGUACUGGGACAUGCUGGACUUUUGCACGCUCCUACCGAAGGCGCGUGGGAUUAUAGUUAACUCGUUUGAAGAGCUUGAGCCUGCGGCAGUUAACGCCGUCGCGCAGGGCUCGUGUUUCCCAGACGCAACCCAUGCGCCUCGUCUUUACUACAUCGGACCACUCAUCGCGGAGCCCCAACAAUCAGGUUGGCUUUCUUGCGGUAGUUUACCUUAGUUUUAGUUGACUUUAAGUUGUCAUAAUUUCAUUCGA